GGGCAGAGAGGACCUUGGACUUGAGUGCAAAAGCACGUUGGCUGAGGGUGGAAGGCAAAGGCCAGUCCUCUUUCCCUUAUAAGCCAGAGCUGGGCUGAGGAAGCUGGUUUGGUCCGAGGGUGCCAGAUGUGCACAGGAUUGCCCAGAGUCGACUUGUGAAAGCUGCUUCCCAGCCAGGGAGACAGGCAGCCAUGGGGCUGCUGACCGGGGAGGGCUUGGCGCCCCUGGCCGUGGCCAUGGCCGUUUUCCUGCUCCUGGUGGACCUGAUGUACCGGCGCGUACACUGGGCUGCUCGCUACCCGCCAGGGCCUCUGCCACUGCCCGUGCUGGGGAACAUGCUGCAGCUGAACUUCAAGGACUUGCCACACAGCAUGAGCCAGCUGCGGCGCCGCUUCGGGGACGUGUUCAGCCUGCAGAUGUGCUGGACGCCAGUGGUCGUGGUCAACGGGCUGGCGGCCGUGCGCGAGGCGCUGGUGCUCCGCGGCGAGGACACAGCCGACCGCCCACCCAUGCCAGUCUACAAGCACAUUGGCUUCGGGCCACAAGCCCAAGGUGUGAUCUUGGCGCGCUAUGGGCCCGCGUGGCGGGAGCAGCGGCGCUUCUCACUGUCCACGCUGCGCAACUUCGGCCUGGGCAAGAAGUCGCUGGAGCAGUGGGUGACCGAGGAGGCCGACUGCCUCUGCGCCGCCUUCGCCGCCCAGGACGGAUGCCCCUUCAGCCCCAACACCCUCCUGAACAAAGCUGUGAGCAAUGUCAUCGCCUCCCUCACCCACGGGCGCCGCUUUGAAUAUGACGACCCCACCUUCCUCAAGCUCCUGGCCACGGUGGAGCAGGGCCUGAAGGAGGACUCCACCUUCCUCCGAGAGCUGCUGAACACGUGCCCCAUACUCCUGCGAAUCCCCGGACUGGCCAGCAAGGUCUUUUCGGGGCUGAGGGCCUUUAUGGACCUGCUGGAUGGGCUGGUGACUGAGCACCGGGAGAGUCGAGAGCCAGGCCAGCCGCCCCGAGACCUGACCGAUGCCUUCCUAGACCAAGUGGACAAGGACCAGGGAAAGCCCGAGAGCAGCUUCACUGAUGAGAACCUGCGUAUGGUGGUCGCGGACCUGUUCUCUGCCGGGAUGGUGACCACCUCCACCACGCUGGCCUGGGCGCUCCUCCUCAUGAUCCUGCACCCAGACGUGCAGCGUCGUGUCCAGCAGGAGAUCGACGAGGUGAUAGGGCAGGGGCGGAGACCUGAGCUGGGGGACCAGACCCGCAUGCCCUACACCACAGCCGUGGUGCACGAGGUGCAACGCUUUGGAGACAUAGUGCCACUAAACCUGCCUCACAUGACGACGUGCGACACUGAAGUGCAGGGCUUUAUCAUCCCCAAGGGGACGAUGCUUUUCCUGAACCUGUCAUCGGUGCUGAAGGACGAGAGCUUCUGGGAGAAGCCCUUCCGCUUCCACCCGGAGCACUUCCUGGACGCGCAGGGCCGCUACGUGAAGCAGGAGGCCUUCAUGCCUUUCUCAGCAGGCCGCCGCACCUGCCUCGGGGAGCCCCUGGCGCGGAUGGAGCUCUUCCUCUUCUUCACCCGCCUCCUGCAGCGCUUCAGCUUCUCGGUGCCCCCCGGACAACCGCUGCCCAGCGACCACGGUGUCUAUGCCUUCCUGGUGUCCCCAGCCCCCUUCCAGCUCUGUGCUGUGCCCCGCUAGAGGCCCCGAGGCCUGGCCUCUCCCCAGCCUCACCCUGACAAUAAAGCUGCUUUCUCCUGA